ACUAUAAACUGUCAUACAACUAUCAAUGUCAUUUUAAAAGGAAGACGGUUAAGUUUAAUUUGAAUAUUUGAUUUAUAAAAUAUUUAUUUCGUUAUUAUCAGUUGUGCAUUAUAAAUAUUGUUUUGUUCAUUCAAUAAAAUAGUAACUGAAAAUAAGUGAUGAAAAAUGGAUAAAUGCAACAAUCCCAGCUCCAGUAAUAAAGAUGACAAUUCAAAGAAAUACAAGUUCUAUAGAAAACCGUCAAUUAAGAAAAAAGGACCGGAGGUUAAGCAAACGAAAACAAGUUUAGCACGGCUGUUCAAAGCUAAUCCAUUAUUAAAAUAUGGAAACAGUGCAAAACAUGAACCAUCACGAACGAAAGAGUUAAAAUUAGAACCUAUUAAUCUAGAUGCACCAAAAAUUUCAAAAAAUAAUAUAUCCGGAAAUGGACCCUAUUUAAAAUCGAAAAUUAUAAAUUUUGAUAAACACAGACUUUCUAGCAGUGAUUUUAUAACACCCAUAUUAUCUUCAACAUUAAUUGAACCAAAUGUGGAUAGUGAUGUAUUUAUUGAAUGUCCUCAACCACCAUUAAGAGGUAGAACUAAAUGUAACAGCAGCAAAGAAGAACAGUGGAAUAAUAAUAAGCCUAUUAAUAAAAAAAAUGAAAGAAAAACUUUGUCAAGUCAAUAUUUGAAUAAGAAGAAAAGAGAAUUUGCUGAAAAACACAAACAGGGAAAUAUUUGUAUUGAUAUUAGAGUUAAAUCCUUAAGAAGAUCAUCAUCAGUUGAUAGUUUUAGAAAAAAAGGGUGUUCUAGAAUUGAAGAGGAAGACAUUUUAACUGAAACAAAGUCAAUGGAAAAUAUUUGUCAACAAGAAGUACCUGAUGAGAUUAAACGAGCAAGUCAUGUUUUAACCAGCAUUGCAUUGGAAGAACUUGAAAAUCGACCAGAAAAACCCUUGAUAAAGCAAACGGCUGGCCCAAGUAACGGAGAACUCUAUGAUGAAGAGAAUAAAGAAAACAUUGAAGUUUCUAUUCUUGAAUCAGAUAGUUAUGAAGAUUUAAAAAUACAUAAGGCGAGGAUUUGAAAUUAACUACUUCAGCUGAAUAGAUUUCCAUGAAUUCCUGACAAGUAAUUGUAGAAAAUGUCAUUUUUAUUGUACUAUUAUUUAAUUUUAUAAACAUGUUAGACUACUUAAUGAAACAGUCAUCCAUAGUUGUUUGUUAAGAAAACUGUUUCCCCUCUAGCCAUUAAUCUUUUUAAAUUAUAGCUUUUUUCAAUAAACACAAAAUCUUUUUAUAAGUUUUUUUUAUUGUUUGUAUAAUGCAAUCUAUCAUUUGGAAUAAAUUCAAUAGUUUAAAAACUAUUUUUUCCAUCCCAUUGUUAAUUUUGUUUAAGACAACACAUUCAUCUAGUGGCUAUUUUGAUAGGGUUUAUAAAGUUGUACAAUACUACUAAAUAUGAAAUUUUUAUUCCUUGUAAAUUACAAAGUACAUGUAUAGGAUGUGGAAACAAAUUCAAUUGCAACAAUAAUUAUACUUGCAAUAUUUCUAAGUAUCGUACUCCAUUGAAAGUUCCGUCGAAAGUUAUUGGUCCAACUCUUGAUUUCCUACAAUCUCUAUCAAAAAAUUCACUAUUUCUAAUUGUUGAGAUUGCCUUCUUCUAUCCAGAAUUGAUUCGCAUCUGCCCAAUAUAUACAUUUCUUAGACAUUUAGCAAAUUAGCCAUUUGCGGCACUGAUUCUUCUUGCAAGAUUUCCAAAUAUACUCCAUUGAAAGUUUCGUCAAAAAAUAUUAGUCUGGCUUAAUUAGCUACCAUCUGGAUCCAAACAUUCACUAUUUUUAGACGUUGAUUAUGGUCUUCCCUCACCCAACGCGCCCAAUAUCCAUAAGAUUUACUUCACCAUAAACGUAGAAAGAAAAAAGAAAGUUCUCUAAUUCAUUCAUGAUUUGGUCACAAAACUGCGGUUUUUAUCUAGAUAACUUCCAGUAAUUCCAGGUGGAUUUAGUUUCUAAUUUAUAACAUCAAUUACUAACCAGUUUGCAAUGAGUAAAAACCUUUGUAUUUGAAUGGGGAACUACAGCGGAACAACUGGUUGCCAAUCAGUAAGCAAUGCGUUGUAAAUCGGUUUAAAGAAACAAAACCUAUUGAUUAGCUGGCAACUUUAAUCAUCCGCCUGUUGAAAAUUUUUAUUUCCUCAAGUUGUUAUAAACCAAAAUGAACUAUUGUCAGUUACAAUUGAGUCUGCUGUGGGUGUAAAGACAUGUCACUAAUCAUUUGGAACUUCAGUCACUUUUGAGUUUUCUAAUGCCCAAUGUGUAUCGGACCUAAGUAGUGAAACAAUUACAAUUUCCAUGUAACCGAAAAAAUUAAAUGAAUUUGUCUUAUCCAAGAACCUCCUAUUUCAAAAUUUAAUACUUCUAUUAAUGAUUUUUGAGGAAGGGUUCAUCUUGAGUUAUGUGGGUGAUCUUUGCUGUCUACUUGGGAAAUUUGAAACUUUGAAAAUUUUUUAACUUGAGCUAUUUACUAGAAUGUUUUCAUUUCAUGUGUGACAAUUUUAUCAAUAUUGAAUUUUUUGGUCUCAACAAUCUGUUGUUAAACAGUUAAUCCAUUUUGACAUAA